GAUGGGUUGUAAAGCUGAUGAAGAAAAGCCUUUAAAAUCAAAGUCAACUUUGGGAGGAGGAAAGAGCACUUGAUUGCUCCAUGAGCAUUUGGUAGAAUUGACUUUAUUGCCAAAUUUUUUGCUCAAAAUUAGAUUGUAGUUCAACUAGUUCAGUACACUAGUGUGCCAAGAAGAAUAUUGUAAAUUGGUCAAAUGAUUGUAUAGGGAGACUUCUGAAGUGAUACAUUUAAAAGUAUUUUUGCAUUUGUAAAACUUUAAAUUACCUAACUAAAGAUGGGAGGAGCAGUUAGUGCUGGAGUUGACAAUGAUGAUUUGGUGGACAACCUGAAGGCUGCAAGUUACAUAAAAACUCCUCUAGUAGAACGCAUUUUUCGUGCUGUUGACAGAGGGGAUUAUUUUACUGCAGAACAUAGAGAACAGGCAUAUCGAGACAAUGCAUGGAAGAAAGGAAAUCUGCAUUUAUCUGCACCUUGUAUAUAUGCCAAGGUGAUGGAAAGCUUGCAGCUUGCUCCUGGGCAUUCUUUCCUUAAUUUGGGAUCAGGCACAGGAUAUCUUUCAACCAUGGCUGGAUUAAUCAUAGGUCCAUAUGGAAUCAAUCACGGUGUUGAACUUCAUGCUGACGUCCUUGCUUAUGGACUUGAUCGAUUGGAGGAUUUCAAAAAGACAUCAGCAUUGGAUGCAUUUUCUUUUUGUACCCCACAAUUUGUGCAAGGUAACUGCCUCUGUUUACCACCUGACAUCCGUAUGUAUGAUCGUGUUUACUGUGGAGCUUCCUGUCCAGAGACACAUGAAAAUUACAUGAAAGGCCUCAUUAAAGAAGGUGGUGUUUUAGUAAUGCCACUUAAUGAUCAACUAGUAAAGAUAAAACGGACUGGACCAACUACUUGGGAGACAGUCUCUUUGUUGCCAGUAUCUUUCUCAUCACUUGUAAUGCCUGAUGCAUCUCAUCCUCCUGCUAGCGUUCCUCUUCCUGAAGUAGAACUUCUAGAUCUUCAGGACAUGUGCCGUCAAGAAGUACGCUCUAUCUUGAGAGACAACAUUAAUUUUGAACACCCAGAGUUAGCCACUGCAGCAAACCGACCUGUCCAGAAGCCUCGCUCUCGCUGUAGGCAACAGUUUCCUGGUGUAUUUGUUCCUUAUAUGCCAGUUCCUUUUUAUGAAUCUGAAGAUGAAACUGGUUUGACGUCAGAUGAGAACAUGGAGGAUACUAGAGAAAAUUUGAUAACAUUUGGUUCUCCACGACAUAAUCAGUUAACAACAGUGAUUGAAUUUGCUCAAAGUCUAGCUGGACAAAGGUUACUUGAAAGAGAAUUACAGAAUAUAAGACACCGGAAUCAGCAAGAUGAUGACACUGCAAAGAAAGACGAUGAGGAGGAGGAAGAGGAGGAUGAGGACUCGCCAGAUAGUGCUAGCUCAGAUAGUGAUGAUGAAAAACAGGAAAGUGAAGUAGAAGGUGAAGGUAAGGGCAGCAAAGGACCUGAUUUAAGUGUUCCUCUGCCUAGAAUUUUCCUCAAGAAAGGAAAGGUAAGUAAGGAGCCACAAGAGAUAAAGGAAGAUCCUGCACCAAGUAAUGGGGAAGCUACAACCUCAGCAUCUACAGUGCCUCAGUCUGAUCCUAUACCAAUGACUUCCACUCCAGUUAUGCCAGUCAAGUCUAACAAGAAACGUGAAAAGUUCGACAGUGGUGUUGGUGAUGAAAUUGAGAAUGGGAAAGGGCCAAGUUCUGAAGAAUCUGAUCAGGGUGAAGAAGGUGAUGUUGAAAUGGAUUUAGAUUCUACUGACUCAGAUUUCUCAGAUGGCUCACCCUCAAGACCCAGAUUGAGGAAUAGAACACGAAACAAAGUUUCUCGUCUUCUUGACCCAGAUGAUCCCGAUUGCCUUUGUGGGGGACAUUGCAGUGAUUCAUGGAAGGAGAGGAAAGAUGAAGAAACAAAAGAGGAUGGAGAAAGUCAAAGUAGUGCUUCACCACCAUCCGAGACUUAUUCAACAUACAUGAGAGAAAAGAUUGGGCAGUUGCCACUUCCUCAGGCACUCAAGUUGUACCUGAAUUAUUAUCGAGAAUUGUAAGGGGUUUUGAAAGGGGAUGACCUUACCUUCCCUUUAAUUGUUUAUAUACUAUCCUUAGGGCUUAUUUUCUUACAGUAUACAAAUUUAGUCCUUGUUCGUAAAUAGGAAAUACAUAUACAGUAAAUAUAUACAAAUCUAUAUACAUAUAACAUUUUCACAUCCAUUAAGGUGGUUGUGUGAAUCAUUAAGCCUAACUAUUUAUGCUUUAAUUUAGGAUAAUAGGUUUUUGUAUUUAGACUUGAACCAUUAAUAUCUGUGAUUGUUGAUUGGUUAUCAGUAAUGAUUGCUGUUAAACUUACAGUGAACCUCAUCAGGAGGUAAAAUUUUGAAAAGAAAUUUAUCGUUUCAGAACUUUUAAUUCCAUGUAUUUAAUAAGAGUACAAAAUUGGUGGGUAUUGAAUUUUUAUUCAUUAAAAGAAAUCAUUAUAAUUACUUUGUAAUAUUUUCUUUAACUAUCAAGUAGGUCUUGUAAGUUUUUUUUCUUUUUUUACCAGAUUACAUACUGAAACCAACAUAGAGAAAUGUGUAGAUAUAAAUUUAAGUGAUAGAUGUGUUCUAUUUGGCAAAUAGAACCAUGCAAGAGCUUUUAUUUUGUGAUAGUUUGCUUAUCAAGGGGCAUAAAUACUCCAUUAGUAUGUAUGGUGGGGAUCAAAAGAAAUUUUUGUAAUUUUGUUGUUUUAGAAUAUUGCCAGUGUGUGUUCUAUAGUUCUUGCAGCCUUGAAGCUAGUGUGACCAACUUAACAGUUUUCAUUUUAUAUUUUCUUUUUGUGAUGGAAUGGAAUUCCAUUUUCAAGUUGACAUUACAGUAAUAGAUUUAUAAAACUGAGGACUGAAAGUGAGAACAUUUUUUUUAUUUUGUUUUGAACCAUAAAAUAUAAAAUAAAAAAUAUAUAUUUAAA